GCAGGAAAAUUUGGGCCUAAUAAUCGAUAUACACACCAACGAACGACCGACGACGACGACGAGUGCCUGAGCUCCAAUCUUCUCGUCACCAUUUUCAUUGCAUUCUCCGAGGUAUUUCCGUACUUCCCUACAAUUUAACUACAAAAAGACCUAAUCGAUCUAAUCAUAUUCUCCGAUUCUCUCCAUCAUAUUGUAUAACCUUAUUGUUUGAUCCAUUAGAAUUUGAUCGUAUGCUGAUACGAGGACUUUGAAUUUGAAAAAGAAGAUCACAUUUCUCCUAUUAUAAGGUGGAGAAGAGCUAGACACGAGAAAUAAAACGAUAAGAGAUGUUUUCAUUGUUUUAUGGACUUUGGGAAUAUCUGGUCAGUAAGACAGAGUUUCAUGUGCUAAUCCUUGGAAUCGACAAGGCUGGAAAAACAACCUUACUUGAGAAAUUGAAGGCACAAUAUUCAAGUGUAGAAGGUCUCCCCCCUGAUCGAAUUGUUCCUACUGUUGGGCUCAAUAUUGGUAGAAUAGAAACCUCUAAUUCAAAACUUGUGUUUUGGGACCUUGGUGGUCAGCCUGGUCUUCGCUCCAUAUGGGAGAAAUAUUACGAAGAGGCACAUGCUGUUAUUUUUGUAGUUGACGCUUCUUGUCCAUCACGUUUUGAAGAUUCUAAAUCUGCCCUUGAAAAGGUGCUUAGGCAUGAAGAUCUGCACGGUGCCCCUCUUCUAGUACUAGCUAACAAGCAGGAUCUUGGUGAUGCUGUUUCAGCAGAAGAACUUGCUCGGUAUUUGGACCUCAAGAAGUUAGACGAAAGAGCUUAUACAUUUGAAGGUGUUUCAGGCUACGACGGGACCGGAAUAAAGGAAAUUGUCAACUGGCUAGUAGAUGUCAUGGAGAGAAGCAAGCGGACUGAAAUGUUGAGAGUUCGUGCAGGUGUUGCAAACAGCAGCGGUGCAUAGGAGAGAUUAUACUCCCACACAAUAGUCAACAGUUGACUUUUGAGUGUAAGAUGAGUUGCUUUUGCCUUCAAGUUUGAUGAAAAAUAUUUAUUUUGGGUAGAAAGAAUUAAUAACUGUGUUUACUAUAUAUAAAGAGUUUUAGAAUAGAGUGAUUUUGGAAGAUAAAAAAUGUGAAUCUUUGAUCGAAGUACUCUGGUUCAACCGGACUUGAAAUGAUUGAUUGUAUAUCCGUUCGGUAACACAAACUAGGGUUUGAAAUUUGUGUAACAAAGAAUUGAGAAACGAGCGAAUUUUAUAUUGAACUUCAUGGAUGUUGAUAAGGUUACAUUUUGGAUUC